AUGGAGUCAAAAUUAAACGAAUUGACCGGGAAAUUCAAAGCGCUUAAUCUGACAGUGGGAAGAGUUGACAACCUGUUGAUAGAGCGCGAAAAGGAGAAUUUAAAACGUACCGAGCAAUCUCUUAGGAAGAAAACCAACGCAAUUUAUGAACUAAAGGAAGAGAUUGAAGAACUGAAAUUUACCAACAAAGAGAGUGACAAAGAUGUUCAAUCGUGGGCAACUGAAACAGAGACUAAACUGAUCGAUGCGAAGGAAAAAAUUGAACUUGUGAGACGUAUGUUAUCAGAAAUCGAAAGCGAAGAAACAAUCACCAAGCGAGAAAAAGACGAAGCGAAUAGACGCGAGGCUAUCGACGCAGAGACGGAAAAACAAAUGGCGAUUGAGAAGGCGAGACUAGAACUAGAACGGGUGCAUAAAAAUGAAGAGCGUAAGAAGGAACUGGAACAUCAGGACUUGAUUCUGCAACAACAAAUGAAAUUUUAA